AUUCAUUAAAAUUUUAAAUAAUAUACAUCUUUAGCUAAAAAUAAGAAUACAAAAUGUCAAUAAAUAGAAGUACUUGCGAAGUUUUAUUAUCUGUUGUUGAUGACAUUGAAAUAAUAGCCAAAGAAUUAAUUGAAAAUAUAAUUGCUCAAAAGCAUUUAAAACUAUCUACUGCUGAACAUACACAUCUCAUUGAACUUUUAAUAAGUAAAGACAAUGAACUCAAAACAAUUUUAAUUAAAGCUGAUGAACAAGCAAAAAUAAAUUUAAGAAUGGAAGCUCUCAAAGAUGAAGUUGAUCGCCAAGAUCAAGACAUUCAACAACUACAACGACAGCUUAAGGAAGCAGAGCAGAUUUUAGCAACAGCUAUUUAUCAGGCUAAACAGAAACUUCAAUCCAUUGCAAGAGCAAAUAAAAGACCUGUGUCAUCCGAAGAACUUAUUAAAUUUGCUCAUAGAAUUAGUGCAUCAAAUGCUAUAUGUGCUCCUCUUACCUGGCAGCAGGGUGAUCCUAGAAGACCUUAUCCAACAGACAUAGAAAUGAGGCUAGGAUGUCUUGGGCGCUUAAGCGAUCUCCCAUUAAAUGGUCAAAUGGUUGGAACUCAUUCUAAUAUUUCUUCUGAUUUACAUAGAACAGGACCCACCACUGAACCUCUUGCUGCUCAUGCUACUCAUUUUGCCUGGCAUCCAUCAGGUGAAAUUCAUAUGUCUGUAGCUGGUCAAGGAACUGUACCAAUUAAUACUCAUAAACAAGAAUCUGAAGAUGUAGAAGUUAUGUCAACUGAUUCAUCAAGCAGCUCAUCAAGUGAUUCACAAUAAAUAAAGUCAAAUUUUUUUUGUAUUUUCUAUGUAAUAAAGCAUAAUUUUUUUUCAA